GGAAUGAGCGAAAUAAAACAUGGAAAAACCUGAUAAAAAGAUCGCAACAUAGCAACGAAUCUUGCAUCCUCUCCGAUACUACAGCUAAGUGAAGAAAGUGUUAGUUUUAUUUAAUUCUGUUUUUAUUGUUGUUUGUUUGCCGAUGAAGGCUUCUUGUCGACACGUUCUUGUUUCCAUUUUUCUAACCUGAUUGCAGUCUCUUCCCCCCCCCCCCUUAUUAUCAUGUUCAUACUUUCUCAUCUGAAUCUUGCAUUGACAAAGUUAAUUAGACGGAAAUGCAUUGGAAAAAUUGAGUAGUUGAAAGUUUUAUUUUAUUUCUUUGUUACCCAAGACAUAUAUUACAUAUAUUAUAUAAUAUUAUAUAUAUAUAUAUAUAUUAUAUAUAUAUAGAUAUAUAAUUUAUAUAUAUAUAUAUAAAUUUGUUAAAAUAUUUAAAUAUUGUAAAAUUUUCUUGCAUUAUAAAUAAUAAAAAUUCGGAUACACUCGUCACAAAAAUUAAAUCUACUUCAGUUGAUCUCGGUAAUAUCUCGGAUGUCGGUAACAAGUGGUACCAAAACACAUUACCAAAAUCAUUUAAAUUUAGAAUGGACAGUGACAGCGAUCCACCUUAUGAAAAAGCAUUAUUGGUAGAUGAGAACUGUGACGAUGAGUUUGAUCUUAACAUACCACCAGCAUCAGGAAAUGAAUAUCUGCGUCGCGUAAGGUAGGCCGAAAUUCAUGCUAGUGUGAGUUACUCAGGUUGUGACAAAAAGUAGUGAGUUUUUUUUUAACUCUAACAGUUUAACAACUCUAACUUUGUAGUUAAUUUAGUUUUAGUCAGUAUUCCUACUAGUCUUAAUGACUACCCAGUCUACUCUACUGAUAAUGUCAGUGACAAUAGUUACUAUUAUUAUUAGAAGUGUUAGUCAUAAUUUGAGUAGUGAGUUAGUAUACGUUCUGACUAAGACUGUUUAAGUUUAACCAAAGUAAUUGUGACACUAGGCUGAGUGAUCAAAAACAAACAAAGCCUGGGCUUUGACUUUCACAUUGGUUGGUCUCUCCAUGUAGGCACUUCGAUGAGAUCCUGGAAUUGCCGAAAACCGGGUAUCGUGAUUUCGUUAUCAAAAUGGCGACCUCCACUUUUUAAUUUACCAGGAGUCAAGAGCCUCGUUGUUUACGAUUUUUUUGUUAAUUAUAGCCCAGCAAGCACAUUCUAUUUCCGCCCACAACUUUGAGUAGACAUGUUGUUUUAUGAUUAGUAGACACUUUUGUUCUAAACAUUUUUGAGAUCUUAACUUUGAAAAUUGAAGUUAAAAUAAUGCUUAUUGUACUCAUUAACUCAUUCAUAUUUUUUUGGCAGUGUCUACACGUCCGGCGCGCCGGACGUCUAUCUCCCGCACUAUGUGUCCGGCGACCAAGUCACAUGACCGCCGUAACAAAGUGGCGAGAGAUAUCGUGUCGGUCAGCCUUGUCACGUGACUGCGAAUAAUUCAAAACUAUUGUUAAUUUUAAAAUCUAUUUCUCUACCAAGUAAUGUACUGAGUAUCUUGAAUGCAAAUAAUAGAAAAAGAAACUUAAGUGAAAGUGGCUUGUAAACAUUUUUGUUUAGUUUGUUAUUUUUUGUGUACCAGUAAUCCAUAAAAUAAAUUAGGGGCCAGUGUGGCAACCAAUAAAAGUUAAAGAUUUCAUUUUAAAUUAUUUCAAUUGCUACAAAAUAUUUAAAAACUUCUCAUGAAACUACUGUUGCUGAGGAACAUGAUAAUAUAAAUAUAUACAAAAUAUUUUAAUUAAAAUGGGAAGAAAAAAAACGACCCUAUCCCCGGUAUAGAUCCUCAAACAUUCCUAUCGUCAAGCAACCACUCUACCACAAGACCAGACAAGAUGUACUAAAUCGUACUUCGUUUGGAAUUAUAAAAACUACUAGCCGUCCGGCCAUGUCCGGCGGUCACGUGACAAGUCGCCGGACGUGUAUCUUGCGCACUACACGUCCGGCGCGCCGGACGUGUAGACACUUCGUUUUUUUUUUUUUGGAAAAGGGUGUCUUUCUUAAAUAAAAAGAUGACGGGAAAUAAUGGCAUAAAUUACAACAUAUCAAAAAUUCAAGAGGUUAGGACCCAAUUCAAUGGUCAAAAAUAGCCUACCAAAUUUUUGUCACGUGUGUCCCAAAAUGACCUAUUAUCGAUAGCGAUUUUUAUUUAAAAAAAAAAAAAUUAAAAUAAAAAGUAAAUAACUUGAUUUACACUGGAAAUCCAGCUUAUUACUCCAUAAUGGUUCAUUCAAAAACAAAUAAUUUAAUAACACAGAUACCUAUUUUAACAACAUAAAUAUAUAUUUUUAACUUUUAUUCUUAACAGGCCUAGAAAAGUAUAGUAUUUUAAGUAUAGGCCUAUCCACUUUCUCUUUCAUAAAAUUGAAAGUUAAUCAAUAUCUUAAAAUUAUGCUAUUACUGAAAAAUAUGAUUCCAUGGUCUGUCUUGAGUUUUUCCUCUUAUUUAACUUUUUAACUAGGAAGGAGGCAAUGGGAUGCCCCAAAGUAGUUGUUGCUGAUUUGGAUACAAGUGCCUUCUUAACCCAACAAACAGUCAAAGUAUCAGAGGUAAGCGGUGAACAAUUUUUAUUUUUUGCAAUAAUUGAUUUAAUUUUAUAUAAUUUUAUCUUUCAUUUUCAUUUUUUUAAAUUGAUUAGAACAUCUAAAAUAAUAUCUAGGUCAUGAAAUUGAAAUAGAUAUCUGUUACUUAAUGCUUGUCACUUUUAAAAAGCCCAUUUUCUGUCCUUUAAAGAUGUUUAGCUUAGUUGUACCAGCUUCAAAGGUAGAAAUAAUUACAUUUGUAAAUGAAAAAAAAAAUGAUCUUAUUAUAGCUUACUUCAUUUGUCAGCCUGGUGGUCUCUUACCUGUACCGGAAAGUUUUAAAGCACCUAUGUCAUGGCAGAGAUUACAAGUUGCUGAAUUUGCUUCUCUGAGACAGGUAAAGCCAUUAAAUAAAUUAUGACAUUGUCAUUUUUGUUUUCUAGGCACAUGCAACCAUGAAAGAUUUAGAAAAAAUUAAUUGGGGGGGGGAGGGGGGGGCUGGGGGUGUCUUGUUUCCAUUGUUGGAUAGUGAAAGGGAUUAUUUUAUUUCAAAUUAUAUUAAAAUUGUUAUUAAUUUUUAAGAUUUAGAAAAAAUUAAUUGGGGGGGGGAGGGGGGGGCUGGGGGUGUCUUGUUUCCAUUGUUGGAUAGUGAAAAGGAUUAUUUUAUUUCAAAUUAUAUUAAAAUUGUUAUUAAUUUUUCACAGAGUGAAACAGAUUAACUAAAGCCAAACUACUGCUUGUAGUCUGAAAAAUAAUAUCCAUCAAAUCUAUAAGAGCACAAAAAUAGACAAAUAUGAAUUAUUUCAGUCUGUUAUUUUAUGCGCACUUCGCAUCUCUAGUGUCAUUUAUAUUGUUAUGUCAUUAACAUAAAUGCUAAUUUGUUGUCAACAGAAACUGAUUCAAUACAGGGCUCUAAUAAAGCAGAAAAAAAUAACUCCCCGGAUCCCUAAUCUGGUAACUGCUCCUCAUGCUCUUUUGGUUAAUUAACAUUAAUGAUUUGUUUAAAUAUUUGUAAUAUUCAUAUGUAUGUAUGUAUGGCAUCUUUCCGUCUGCGGGAGACGAUAGAUUAUCUUUAUUGCUUGCAGCUCUUGGUGUGGCUGGUGAGACCAAUCAUAAUACACGAAAGAAAAGGAUUUUCUGAACCUUUUAUAAAGAAUAUUGGAUAGAUUAUGCUAUAUUUCAUCAUGAUUUUUAUUUUUUAAAACGUCAUGUACCCGCCUCUUCAAGAUAACACAGUAUAAUAAUAUUUUUCCAGCCACAUGCCAAUAAUGCAGAAAGCUGGUGCAAACUGUGUUUUGGUAAGCUGAGGCUCAAACCUACCCAGCAAUCAGCUGCAAACACAAACAAUGAGGAGACCUGUGAGGACAGUCUAGGGGAGGAGGGGACACCACCUCUUCUACAUAUUGUUGCUUUUAUGAGCCAAGUAAGUGACAACACUUCUGACUAAAAAUGCGUUUUGUGAGCACUGGAAGAUGCACCAUCGCUGGUCUGGAAUAAGUGAGAAUUCUCUAACCCGCCCCCUUCCAUCAAAGAGACAAUGACGAUCCACAGAGAAUGAACACCUUUUAGUCACUGGUCUAGUGUAACAAGCUAGCAAAUUAGUUUCUCCCUCACUAAUGUUCAUGGGUAGUUAAUUAAAUUAAAGGUUGUUUAAAAAGUCUUUCAAUGAUAACCCCUAUAAAAGGCUAGAAAAAAAUUCAUUUCAAACCUGUGGUGCUAUCAUGAUGUUAUCUUUCUUCUUGAGCAAGAGGUAGCAGACACUUAUACAUCUCCAGUCAUUCCCAGAUAUUCUUGUGGGGGAGUGGGGGGGAUCCCUGAGUUAAAAACCUCAACCAUGGGAGUUGGAAGACAUCAACCCACUUGUCCAAAUCAGCUGUUCACCCAAAAUUGCAUGUAGUCCUAUCGGUUAAUUUUUUGGUUUAGUUAAAAUUUAAUCCAAAGGAAAUAAGCAAAACAAAGUAUGGGAAAACAUAAAAAAAGGACACAACAAAACAGCAAUCCUGUCAACAAAAAACCCUCUUCAGCAAAUUAAUAAUAGUCAAAACAAUAUAAAAAAUAAAAGUAGAGUAUCCGAGAGGAUAUCCAGAAAGUUAAUACACAUUUUUAUUGAUGAAUGAUUAAGUGCUAUUUCAGUAAUAGAAAUAUUGAAAAUAUUUUAUUUGUAAGCUCUGGGUAAAAGGAUUUUUCUUUUAAAGUUUCUCCAAAGAAACAUAAGUUUAAAUGAUUAUAAAUAAAAGGAACAAAUAUUUUGUAUUAUGUUUCUUUUUUUUUCCUUAUAAUCUCUAGCACCAAGUAACCAAAGUUUUAGAAUACCAUGUCAACUGGUUAGAGGCCACAGGAUUCUCAUCCAGACAGGUGAGUCAAGUUUAGCUGGUUACAAAGGUGUGUGUGAAAGUCAUCAAUAACAUAUUUUUAUUACAUAAAGAAGGAAGUUUUAAUAUUUUAUUGGUUUAUAAAUCAAACAAGUCAGGUGUGUUCUCUUUGCAGUUGGGAAAUGUUCUUGUUACAUUUUAUGGACAUGGAGAUAUUUUUGAAACAUCAAAAAUAUUCUUUUUAAAUAACCUUUUUUUGUUGUUGUAAUUUUAAGUUGUUUUUUUUUCUUUCCAAUUUUAGGGUCGUUGGUUUUUUGCCCUACUUGCAAAUCUUCAAAAACCACUGACUCCAGAAAUCUGCGCUUGGAUUCGUCAUCUGGCCCGCUUGUGUUCAAACAUAAGGGCAUCUCUGGUAGGGUUUGAAAUAUGUUGAUAAUUUUUUUAAUUCAUUUUAGAGCUUCGCUCGCUCAUCACUUAAGACUCUGAACAAUACCUACUAUUUCUGUACUUUGUAGCCAAGUGUAGUGUUUUACUGACAUUUCGUACUUUAUUUAAAUUAUUUAUCUUAUAAAUGUAAUCUAAAUAGGUUAAAAAUAUUUUUAAAUAAGUAGUUGUAUUACUUAAAAAUAGUUAAAAUAGAUUAUCACCUUCAUAACUUUUUUUUUUUUUCACUUUGAAACCUCCUUGAAAGUAAUUCUCAGUUUUACACAAUCAAAUUCCUUUCAAAUUUGCAUCACAUUUUUUGCAUGAAUGCACUAUUUUGUGCAUGGUUUCUUUUUUUUUUGGACAAAAAUGAGAAUUUUAUCAAAUAGUAAUUUGAAUGAAAGUUGAGACGAGGCAUCAUACAAAAAUCGCAUCAAAAGUAUGAACACAAAUUUGAUCGUGUGAACUGAGCAUAAAUCCAAAUUGAAAGACUGGUCACACACGUUGUGUCAACAUGUUUAUUUUUAGCAAAAUUGUUGCUCAUCUUGAAAGAACUAGUAGAGAAAUGAGCUAUUCAAUGUAUUUGAGAAGAUUUCAGAAAACUAAUUGUUAAUUUUGGUAAUAUGAUGGGCGCGUUAUUGGAUGGGAUAUGUGGGGGCAGCUCAAUUAUGAGAUAAAGGUAUACAGAUGAGGGCAGCUGAUAUAUGUGAUAAAGGUAUACAAAUGGGGGCAGCUAAAUUAUGUGACAAGAUACACAGAUGGUGCAGCUAAAUUAUAAGAUCAUCAUGAUUGUAAAAAGUGGUUUGGAAUUAUUGCUGUUGAGAGAUCAGCAUGAGAUUUGCUAUUUCUUUUUCAGGAAACCGCUGACGAUCCCUGUCUGAAUGAGCUCAAUUUGAUAAUCUGCCUUGUCUCACGCUAUUUUGAACAGCAGGAUCUGGCAGAUCCUUGACCUUGCAACCAACUGAGAUGUUUUGCUUUGCAGAAAUAUUUGUUAUGAGAAGCCAAGUAUUUUCAAGUGUUUAUUUGGUAAUGCUGUUAUCCCCAUAGAUCAAAUCAUUCACUUUAUCUUUAAGUUCCGAUUAUGACGUUAUAGUUUUAAUUAUGUGAGCCUGGCAAAUAAAAAAUUCUAGUUGAUAGUAGGUUAGGGGUCAUCCAUAAAAGACGUCCACACAAGGGGGG